AUGCUUAUCGCUACUUGGCUCUUACCGGCCACCGUGCUUGCCUCCGCUAUUCCAAAGUGGGAUAUGGAGGACAGCUUCCUUCUAAGUCUGAUAGACGAGGAAAAGAUAGAGAUAGAAAAUAUACUCAAGUCGCCUACGCAUUUCAAAGAUAUGCCCCCGAUCUUAAAGCAACCCGAAAGCCAUCAGAAGUCCUUGAAGGAUGGCGAAAUACCGCAGUAUGUUAUCGACUAUGCCCCUUUUGUGCACCUUUACUCGGAGGAGAGGUACUUACCUUACGAUAUCAAGCAGUAUGUCGAGCAUUUCCACGCAACGUAUAAGAACGGUACGACCAUUCCAGGUACCGAUAAGGGAAGACUCAAUAUUACAAACUUGAGUAAGCUUCCCAAGAGACCCGCUGUCUACAUGACUGCCGACGAGGACUUCGACACUGACCCUGACUGGAUCACGGGAGUGAAGAAUAAGCCAAACUUGGUCAACGGAGAGAUUAAGGAUGCUCCUGCUACGUUGAUCAUUGUUGACAAGGGAAACGGCUGGGUUGAUGCCUUCUGGUUCUACUUUUAUUCAUUCAAUCUUGGACCAUUCGUGAUGGGGCUGGGCCCUUACGGAAACCACGUUGGUGACUGGGAGCACUCGUUGGUGAGAUUCUACAAGGGUAAGCCCGUUAUUGUAUGGAUGUCCGCUCAUGGCGGAGGUGGAGCUUACUAUUAUAAGCACCUCGAGAAGUACGAGCUUGAUACGAAUCACCCAAUCAUUUUCUCUGCUAGAGGAACCCAUGCCAACUAUGUCUCUGUUGGAACCCAUCCUCACGACUUGCCAUACGAAAUCUUGUGUGAUUUCACUGAUAGAGGUCCAUUGUGGAACCCAACAAAGAACUACUUGGCAUACACUUACGAUGGCAAAUUCGUCUACCCCGCUGAAAACAACACCAAUCCUAAGCAUCGUGGCAGAGAAGCCGAAUACGGUGACUGGUUGACCUUUACUGGUCAUUGGGGUGACAAGAUGCUUGAUAGUAAAGAUCCCAGACAAAGCCAUUCCCUUAUUGGUGGCUACAAGUACAUCGAUGGUCCAAAGGGCCCAUUGAAGAAGAACUUGUUGCGUAUUAUUCCAUGUGAAAGACAUAAAUGGUGGAAUUUCUGGAAUGGGUGUAACGUCAGAGAGAACAUCAAAUGGGGUAUCGGCGUAGAAAGCGAAGGAUACAACUGCGGCAAUGCGUUCGCUAACAUGAGGCCUAGAUGGCUCAAGAAAAUUUUCCAGCAAGUGACUUGGGGAGGCGGAUUUUGCUUCUUUGUGGAUUUAAUUUACGGAUAG